AUGUUUCCCGCCUUUCAUGGUUUGGACGUUUUUCGAAAGCAACUUGCGGCGUAUCCUGGGGAGUUCACUGAAAAGGCGAGUCGUGUAGAUGGCGGUGGACGAGUAUUGCUUCCCUCUUCUUGUCUGGCGGAACUUGCCACUAUGAACGUUGUAUACCCGCUUCAGUUUUGUAUUCGAUCUCGACAAGCAACUUGCUACGCUGGUGUACUGGAGUUUAACUCCGAUAACGGUAUUGUUAUUAUGCCUCAGUGGAUGUUUUCUGCACUCAUGCUGCAACCCGGUGAUACUGUGAGUCUCGAAACGUGUGUACUUCCUCCAGGAAAACUUAUCAAACUACGUCCCCAGCAGAUGAGUUUUAUUCAACUCAGUGACCCAAAGCAUGUUUUGGAGAUGCAUCUUAGUCAAUAUCCUGUUCUCACAAAGGGCACAUCUAUAGUGUUGCAGUACCUUGACCGAGAAUUCAUUAUUGAUGUAAUAGAUAUCACAGAUGAAAAUGAUCGUAGUGUUGAGGCCAUAUCAACAGUCCGCGCAGAUGCGCAGGCGACUGAAUUAAAAGUUGAAUUCGAACGUCCUUUGGAUAUGCCACCAUCACCAACGAAAGAGGAAGCGAUAGUCCCACAGGGAGUAAAUGUAAUUGGAACAGGUGACGGUCUAGAUUUCACCCCAUUUGUCUUCAAACCACCAACCAUUGCAAAAGACAAGGAUGCGACGGAAAUGGAAGGAUCUAAACAACAACAAGAGGAAGAGAAAUCAAAACCCGGUUUCGUCCCCUUUGCUGGUGGAGGGCGUCGCCUGAAUGACAGGUCUGGUGCGCCUGUAUCAUCAGUACCAGUAGAGAAAAAGAGUACAGAAAAGACAGAUGAUGAAAAGGCACGGGAAGCACGAGAGAAGCGGUUUCAGGCCUUCAGUGGGACUGGACGCUCAUUGCGAUAG